AUGGGACGACAUGGGAGAGAAGGGCGAUGGUGGGCAGCUACACCACUUGCUGACAACAUCGUUCUGACAACACCUAGCAGCCAAGCGGAACGAAUGCUGACCGAAUUCGACGAAACAUGUGGAUGCAUCGGUCUUCAGCUUAAUCUGCAAAAGAUGAUGUUCAUGCGUAACAGAUGGGUCUCGAAUGUGCCAUUCACGCUGAACGGAACAAACAUAUCCGAGUGCACCAGCUACGUUUAUCUGGGUCGAAAAAUAAACAUGAAGAACGACCUGAUCCCCGAGCUGGGCAGGAGGAAACGAGCGGCUUGGGGAGAGUAUAAGAGCAUCGAGGAUGUAGUGAAGAAUAUCAAGAAAACCUGGCUCCGUGCUCAUCUCUUCAACACUACCGUACUUUCCGCCUUGACCUAUGAUUCAGAAACGUGGGCAUUUCGCAAGCAGGAAGAAAAUGCGGUGAGCGUAACUGAAUGCGCAAUUGAGAGAGUGAUGCUAGGAGUAUCCGCUUCACGCAAGAGAGGGGCUGGAUUCGAAGUUUUCUCCUACGUCAGUGAUCGAAAAUUAGAGACCCGGCCGCGUUCGCCAAGGAAAGUAAAAUAA